GCUAACCAGUCGGUCCUCGGUCCUCCCCCAGCGAGGCGUGAAAGAAAACUGUGUCGGGGAAAAUGGCGGCGCUGACUGACCGGGGCAUACCUCUGAGCGCACUCAGCCCGAAAUUCCUGCACACAAACUCCACAAGUCACACCUGGCCUUUCAGUGCUAUUGCAGAGCUUGUUGACAAUGCUUAUGAUCCAGAUGUCAGUGCCCAACAGUUCUGGAUCGAUAAAACACGGAUAAGAAACACUGACUGUCUGACAUUCUUGGACAAUGGAAACGGGUUGAGCUAUGACCAAAUGCACAAGAUGCUGAGCUUUGGCUUCAGUGAGAAGCAGACUAUAAAUGGCCACGUCCCUGUUGGUCUGUAUGGUAAUGGCUUCAAGUCCGGCUCCAUGCGCCUGGGGAGGGACGCCAUUGUGUUGUCAAAGACCCGGGAUGCCAUGUGCGUGGGCAUGCUCUCUCAGACGUACCUGGAACGGACAGGAACUAGUCACGUGGUCGUCCCCAUCGUUGCCUACAGACGUGUGGGACCAAGCCAGUUCAGUUCCACGCCAGAGCACUCGGCCAGUUUGCAGGACAUUCUAAAAUACUCGCUGUUUCAGACGGAGUCUGAACUGUACUCAGAGCUGCUUGCCAUCACUGCCCACGGAACCAUGGCUACCACUGGCACCCGCAUCAUCAUUUGGAACCUCAGAAAAACUACAACAGGACAAAUGGAGUUUGACUUCAACUCAGACCGGUACGACAUACGGAUCCCUCCAACUGUUUUUGAAUCCAACCAGGAAGCAUACAAACGGCCAGAGCGUGUGAUGGAGUCCCCCCCAGAAAGUGACUUCUCACUGAGGGCAUAUACUAGCAUAUUGUACCUGAAGCCAAGGAUGCAAAUCAUUAUCAGGGGACAGAAGGUUAAGACCCAGCUCGUGUCCAAGAACUUGGCCUACAGCCGCAAAGACAGCUACAGGCCCAUUUUUCACAAUGCACGUGUCAGAAUAACCUUUGGCUACAACACCAAAAGCAAAGACCACUAUGGUAUAAUGAUGUACCAUAAAAACCGUCUGAUCAAAGCAUAUGAGCGUGUUGGCUGCCAGCUGAAGGCCAACAUCAAGGGUGUAGGUGUCAUAGGUGUUAUAGAGUGCAACUUCCUCAAACCAACUCACAACAAACAGGAUUUUGACUACACAGAUGAAUACAGGAAAACUAUCAAUAGUGUUGCGAUGAAACUUGAGGAGUACUGGAAAGAGAUUCGCUACAAGAGGGACCAAGAACACCCUACCUGUACAAUUCCUUUGGAGGACACCCUCAAGCGUCCAGAUCAGAACUGGGUUCAGUGUGACAAGUGUCUACAGUGGAGGAAGCUCCCGGACGGCAUCGACCCAGACAGACUCCCCGAACGGUGGUUCUGCCACAUGAAUCCAGACCCGCAGUUCAGGAGUUGCCAUGUACCACAAGAACAAGCGGAUUCAGACGAUGAGGCCUCCUACCCAAAAACCUACAAACAACAUGAACGCCUCAGCAAGAUCCAGCUGGAGCGGCAGAGGCAGCAGAUGGAGGAAGCGAGGAAGAAGGAGGAGAUGGAGAGGCUGUCCAGGCUGAAGGAGCAGAACGACGAGCUGCGACGGCAGCACGAGCGUCUCAAGCAGCAGCUCAGAAAUUCGAGAGAUUUGCCUGCCAGGUUAGCUGUGCCUGUCCAGAGGAGUGCCUUGGCAACAGCCCCCCGUAGCUCCAGCGGGCACAGUCAGACAGGUCUCAGCCCGUCCUCUGAGGGGAUGCCCAUCAUCACGAGUGUCUGCUCCCUCUCCACACCAUCCAGAAUGAAGAGGCGGCGAACUUCAGGGCUUGACGGUGCAGAAGCAAAGCAAGCACGUACCAGCCAUUCUCCUGGGUCAGAGGUCGCGACCGCGUCCUCGCCGGCUGCAGCCUGCCCAGCUCCCACAGUGGUCAUUCCUGAUGACGAUGAGGACGAGGACGAGGACGAGGACAUUGUCAUCGAUGAAACCAAGAGCACCCCCAAACCCAAGGCGCCGACCUUUGACAUCUCCCGAGUGAAGACGGAGCGGCGGACCAGCGAGGUGCCUGGGCUUCUCUUGGACUGUACCGACGACGCGGCCCCGGAGGUGCCCGAGUCCGCAGUGGCGGCGACUUCUGCAGCGACCCCGACCCACGUGCCCUCGACAAGCCCGCAAGAGCAACAGGAGCAGGUCAGCACCACCACCCAGACGGAGAUCGGCGCUGCUAUCAAAGAGGAGAAGGAGGAGGUGAAAAGCACAGCAGAAGACCGAGAGAAGAACAGGACGAAGGAACCGGAGGUGAAGAGAACAGACACGGGCACUCUAACACUCGCAAAAGAAACGGCAGCGAAGGAAACGGAGGACGAGGCAGCAUCAGCAUCGCAGAUGGACGUGGCUGCAGCAGAGGAGGGCCGCUCAGCAAGUCCACCGGGGAACGAGGCGAGGGGGUCUACAGAGGUCGUGGGCGGCAAAGGAGGCGGUGAAACCGAGGCGACGGCCGAAGCAAAUGAGACGGACCCGCUGACAGACGAAGAGGGGGGAGGGGCGGCCAUGCAGCCUCAACAAGAGCCCCAGACCCCGCGGGAGAACGCCCUGCUCAUCGAGGCUCAGCAACAGCAGGACCAGCUGAUGGAGCUGAUGGAGAAGACGGCCUCAGAGAGGGACGCUUACCAGAACGAGGUGCACCAGCUCAUCGUCAAGGUGGAGGACCUGGAGCAGAAUGUCCUGCAGCUCUCCCAAAAGUCCAUGAAGCAAGAAGUGAGCCAUCAGGGGUGCCAAACUGACAAGCCGGAGGGCGACGAGAGGGAUUACGAAAGCCUCCAACGACAAUUAGAGCAGGUUCGGAAAGAAAGGGAUGCUCUGGCGGAGGAGAAGAGGCAAUGGCAAGAGAAAAAAAGAGGGGAAGGGAGCAGCAGCUCGCCAAAAAAAGGGCAAAAAGGGGAAGAGGGGGCGUGCUCAUCUCAGGUUAACGCUGUGGACGAUGAACUGGCCCUGCAAGUGGACUUCUUGCUCAGGGAGCUGGACCAGUGUAAUGUGGACCGGGAUGAACUGAAAUCUAAGCUGGGCAGCCUGGAGGUGGAAAAGGCAGCUUUGGCUUCCCGGAUGGAGCAGCUGCAGAAAGAACUGGAGGAGAUGAGAAAAGAUGGGAGCAGGAACCCAGCUGGAGCCGCACAGGGCCAGAGUUCAGCCGAGGAGAGAGUGGACUCGGCCAGUGGGUCCUCCCAAAGCCGCCAGGUGCAGGCCGAUGGCUCGGUAGAGCAGCGUCGGCAGAAUGGGGUUGAGGAUGGAGGUGUGAUUGAGGUGGAGACCCAGGGAGAGAGAAAGGGUCAGGGGAACAGCCAAACACAGGGGAUUUCUGACCGGCUUAGCAAAGAGGAAAAGCAGAGGCUGAGUGAACUUCGACGAAGUGUGGGUCGCCUUCUGGUCACAUUUGUGCCUGCUCUUGACCUUAAUCAAGUUAACUACGAGUGCUCUGUCAUCGAUGAAAUUCUAGAUCAAGUUAUCCAGGAGAUCUCGCAGAGUGAGAAUGGGAUUGAUGCCACUUAGUCUAAACCAAAACCAUCUUGGGGUAGAAAAAGAACAAUAAACAAAACUCAAGUCUUUUAAAGAUCUUCAUAACAUGCUUCCUUUUAUAUCUAAAAAUGGAAAAAAAUAACCUUGUUGAAUGUACCGGUACCUUUUUUCUAUAUUGUACAUAAUUUCACAAAAAAAUAUUUUUGUACUGCUGCUUACUUUGUUAUACAUUAAAAAAAUGCACUUGCACUGACUACUGUACUGAAGAUUAAAAAAGUGGAUAAGAACUCAUUGUUUAUUUUAUUUUAUUAAUAAAAUUCAGAGAAAUGUGCACAACUCAUUACCACCAGGUAUAUACUUUGUAGUUGACAGUAAACAUGUUAAAUGGUGAGAAUGUUCCUUUUAGUGUUUUCCAUAAGCUUUCACCCUAAGAUAUUCUGUUGUUAAUAUUUUAAAUGUAUUAGUUGUGGAAGGCAUAUAUUUUUCCUAUAUCUCUUUAAAUAAUCAUGUGAGAGAUUUUGUUGUGUUUUAUGAUGUUCAUUUGGUUUUUGGAGUGUAACUAACAGGCAAAAUGGGGAAGGGCCCAGUAGAAAUCAAUCAUGUUGGGUCCCACACAAUUAAGUGAAAUGGAACAUUUUAGUUACAAUUGGUUAAUAUGUUAUCAUGCCAUUUGUGUCUUUGAUGUUAACAUGCUGUCAAGAAAUGAACCAAUUCAAUAUUUCAACAGUCGGUACAUUCUGGGUUUUUCUGCAUUACAGCCGCUCUGUUUGAGUGCUUUCCUUUAUAGUCCAUAGGCAUGUUAAGUUGUUGCCAAAAGAUGUUCUGUCAGUUCUUUUACAAUCUGUGUAAAUGUCCCUGAUAUUUUUGUAUUGUUAAGUAUGUUUGCCUGGAUGUUAACUUACUUUACAUAUUUCAGACUGUUAUACAUAUAUUUCAUUACCAUUUUUCUUGACCAAUAAUAAAAAAUGAGUGGAAAAGAUUAA